UGCUCGGAGCACGCGUCUGGUCAGGACGGGACUGAGCGGUGCUGUGAGGAGUCUCCUCGCAGCCAACUCAUUCGUUGCUGACCCGAAGCGAUUCUGAGAGUUCUUUUUCUUGCAAGUUCCCUCGAGGCCAUACCACAGGAGUUGGUGACCCGGAGGUUUUUCCGAGGCAUCCCCACUCCCUGUGGGAGUGGCCCUCGAGGCCAGGCCACAGGCCUUGGUGACCCGGAGCUUUUCUGGGCAUCACCAGUGCUUGUGGAAGGUGCCCUCGAGGCCAGACCACGGGACUUGGUCACCUGCAGUCCCUGUGGAAGGUGCCCUCGAGGUCAGACCACAGGACUUGGUCACCUGCAGUCCCUGUGGAAGGUGCCCUCGAGGCCAUUUUGUGACAUUUGCCCACCAGGGUUUUUUCUGAAGCGUCUCUCGUGCAAGUUCCCUUGAGACAAGACUGUGGGAUGGCAGGGAGACGCUUCAGCCUGUUCAGGCUGCUGAGGAGGAAGAAGAGCAGGAGAGGCCCUGGGGUGGCCCCAGCACAGCAAGCUGAGGAGCCCCUGCAGCAGGAUCCAGGCCAGGACUGGACAGAGGAGCAGGACCGCCCCCGUGGCCGCUUCCGCAGGGCAGUUCAGAGGUUGCUGAAAAUCAUGCGCAUUCGGCGUAGAACACCCAGAACCACACCACCUGAGCUCGUGUCAGAGCCUGACACCAGGCCAGCUGAGCUCAAGGAGAAGCCUGAUGGCAGCACCGCGCCGAUUGAUCUCACGGCAACCUCUGACACCGCUGUGAGUGAGGACACGGCCAACCCUGACACCGCACUGGCCGACCCCAUUGCGAAGGAUGACACAGAACCCAGUCAUUGCACAGCAAAGCCCAACACCGCUUUGGCUGAAGACACAACCAGCUCUGACACCACAGCAACUGAUGUCAUGGUCAAGGUUGACAUGGCGCCGAUGGCCAUUGAUGGCACAUCACCCUCUGACGCGGCACCGAUGGACGGCACAGCAAAGCCUGACACCGCUUUGGCUGGUGACACAACCGGCUCCAACACUGACCUCGUGGCACAGGCUGACAUCACACCGAUGCCGACUGAGGGCAGAGUAAGCUCUGAUGAGGCACCGAUGGAUGAUGCAGCAAACCCUGAGACUGCCGUGACCGAUGACACAACCAACACUGAAACCACAACAAGUGACCUCAUGGCAGAGGGUGACACCACGAGUGAGGGCAUCGGAAACGCUGCCACCACGUCAGCUGAGAGUGUGACUGAUGCUCCCAGUGUGCACUUUUUGGAGGGGAAAGGUGUCUCCAGUUGGAAGCCAGUGCCGGCCAUCGUUUGGUACAUCCACCAUGACCUCACCUCCCACGUGUCUCCGCACACUGACAUCUGCAGGCUCGCUGAGGCACACCCAUGCGAUGUGGUGAUGACUCUCCUGCGCUGUGCCCCAGAGUGUGACAGGUACAGGGCCCAGCUGCCUUGCUGGCUCAGGGAUCACCAACCCUUACAACCCCUCACCCUGCAGAGCCUGUCCCAUGUGGUCUGCCAGACAGAUGGAGACUUCCAGGAACCUCGGGCCCCUCCAUUUCCCAGCCCUGGCCUAGCUGCUGCAAUGAUGUGGAGCAGCAUUGGCUCCUCGGAAACAGCAGUGGAGAAGGUGCUGCCAACACUGCUCCGAGUGAUGGAGGACUGGCCAGUGCACGGAAUGUCCACCUCGGAUGGCGACAACAGAGACGUGUUUGCCCUGGCUGCAACCCUGGCACUGUGGCUGAUCAUCCAGGAGCCCAAGUGCCAGGAUGCAGUCAUGAAUUACAUCCCCCGCCUGCUCGUGGCUCUGCUGUUCCAAGUGUCCAUGAGCACAGAGCAGGUGCCAGAAGAGGUGAACACCUUCUGGAGGGGAUGCCUGGAGCAACACCGCCUCCCCACCCAGCCCAGCAGGUUUUUGAUAGAGACCAUCAAGGCCCUGCUCUGCCACCUGCCAUGGGAGGAUAUUUGGAUGGCAAGGAAGCGCAGGCUUGCCUGGGACCCACUCCUAAAUUCUGACACCCAUCACUAUGCAGUGGGUCUGCAUGUCAGGGAGAUGCGCCGCCAACUGACCCCCUCCCAUUCCCCACUGGCAAUCCACCUGCUGGGGCUGCUCAGCUCUGAGGACCCCCGUUGGGAGCUGCCUGCCCUGGAGUUCCUGGUGGAGCUCCUGGACUUUCUGGACGGAAGGAGAUGUCACAGCAGUGUUGAGCAGAUCCUGUCAAGGCACCUGCAGAGCGAGUGCCCAGAGAGACGUCGCCUGGCUCUCCGAGGCCGCAUGGUGCUCUGGAUGGAUCUGUCAAUGGCCCAAAGCAUCUGCAGCCUGUCUCAACACCUCCUGGAGCUGCUGCCUGAUGCAGACGGAGAGCUGGUUGUGAUGACCCUCUCUGUGCUUGUGACUGUGCUCCGGGACAAAGACAUUCGGGCACUCAUCUCCACUGCCCCCAAGCUGGCUGAGGCGCUCCGGCCACUCUUAGACAACCUGUCCUCCUUUCACUUCUUCCAAACGGUGAUGGAGGUACUGGUGGAAGGGGGAACACAGCCCUUGGAGAUGCAGAUGCACCAGAGCCUGGUGCUGUGGUUCUUCCUGCAGUAUGAUGAGCACCAGUGCGUGGCAGAGGUGCCGACCAUCGUGAGAUCCAUGCACCAGUGCCUCACCUCCCACAUGGCUCCAGGUGUCACGAUGCACAAGAACAUCUGCAGGCUCGCUGAGGCACACCCACGGGAUGUAGUGAUGACUCUCCUGCGCUGUGCCCCAGUGUGUGACAGAGCUGCUGCAAUGAUGUGGAGCAGCAUCGGCUCCUCGGAAACAGCAGUGGAGAAGGUGCUGCCAACACUGCUCCGAGUGAUGGAGGACUGGCCAGUGCACGGAAUGUCCACCUCGGAUGGCGACAACAGAGACGUGUUUGCCCUGGCUGCAACCCUGGCACUGUGGCUGAUCAUCCAGGAGCCCAAGUGCCAGGAUGCAGUCAUGAAUUACAUCCCCCGCCUGCUCGUGGCUCUGCUGUUCCAAGUGUCCAUGAGCACAGAGCAGGUGCCAGAAGAGGUGAACACCUUCUGGAGGGGAUGCCUGGAGCAACACCACCUUCCCACCCAGCCCAACAGGUUUUUGGUCCAGACCAUCAAGGCCCUGCUCUGCCGGCUGCAGUGGGACAAUGAGGUGGUGUCAGUGGAGCGCAAGUGUGGCUGGGACACGCUCCUCUGUGCUGACACCCAGCAUUAUGCAGUGGGGCUGCUGGCCAGGGAGAUGCGCCACGUCUUGCUCCCUUUCUAUUCCCCAAUGGCAAUCCACCUGCUGGGGCUGCUCAGCACUGAGGACCCCCGUUGGGAGCUGCCUGCUCUGGCCUUCCUUGUCGAGGUCCUGGACUUUCUGGACAGGAGUAAAUGUUGUGACAGUGUCCUGCCCAUCCUCUCAAGGAACCUGCGGAGCCAGUGCCAAGAGAGGCAGCGCCUGGCACUCAGAGGCCUCCUGGUGCUUGCUGUGGAUCCCUCAAUGGCCCAAAGCAUCUGCAGCCUGGCUGAAAGCCUCCUGGAGUUGCUGCCUGAUGCAGAUGGAGAGCUGGUUGUGAUGACCCUCUCUGUGUUUGAGGGUAUGCUCCAGGAUGAAGACAUUCGGGCAUUCGUCUCCACUGCCCCCAAGCUGGCUGAGGCACUCCGGCCACUCUUUGACAAUGACAACACCCACGUGCAGCUGCUCUCCAUUCGCCUCUUCCGAGAGGUGAUGGAGCUGCUGGUGGAAGAGGGAACACAGCUCUUGGAGACACAGGUGCACCAGAGCCUGGUCCCACUGUUCAUCCAUGGGUAUGAUGAGAACCAGUGCGUGGCAGAGGCCUCUCGGGAAGUGCUGCUUUGCGCUGCCAGGUUCCUCAAGAGAAGGGACCUGGAGAAGCUGCUGAGGAAAGAGCAGCACUUCAAGUUCUGUGAUUGCCUGAUGGACAAGGACGUGAGCCGAAGGGCCGAGCACCUGCACCAGGCCCUGCCCUACCUCCAGAGCCCACAGCAGCCCCUGCGAGAGGCGGCCGUCAGGUUCAUGGGGAUUGCUGCCUGGCACAUGCAAGACCUGCAGCUCCUCAUGAGGGCCUUUGAAGCCAUGAGCCAGGACGACUGCCCGUCCUACUGCACCAUGCGGACUGAAUUCUUGUCCGCUUUUAGACGGGCAGUAACAAAGUAAUCUCCAGCCAGACAACCUGCGUCCCUCCAACAGCACUGGAAGACCAAGGGACGAGACCACUUCUCAUCGGAGCUGGAGAUUCAGCUGAUGCUGGGCCCAACUGAGCCAGCCAGCAAGGCCAGGCAGCUCCUGGCCUGCCCACCUCUAUGAACAGCCCCUUCCCUUCCCAAACCUUCCCUUCCCAAACCUUCCCAAACCUUCCCAAACCUUCUCCUGCCCACACUUAAUCCUCCCUUUCCCCUUAGCUUAAGGUUCAUCCCUUCCCUUCCCCUUAGAUUAAUAAACAUCAGCUCCCCUCCUCUCCCCUCCCCUUCCCAAACCUUCCCCUUCCUCCCCAAGCCUUCCCUUCCCAAACCUUCUCUCCCCUCCCCUUCCCUUCUCCUGCCCACACUUCAUCCCUCCCUUUCCCCUUAACUUAAGAAACUUCAUCCCUCCCCUUCCCCUUAGAGUAAUAAACACAAGCUCCCCUCCCUCCCAAACCUUCCCUUCCCUCCCCUCCCCUCCCCUUCCCUCCCCAAACCUUCCCAAACCUUCCCUUCCCAAACCUUCCCUUCCCUUCCCUUUCCCAAACCUUUCCAAACCUUCCCAAACCUUCUCCUGCCCACACUUAAUCCUCCCUUUCCCCUUAGCUUAAGAAGGUUCAUCCCUUCCCUUCCCCUUAGAUUAAUAAACAUCAGCUCCCCUCCUCUCCCCUCCCCUCCCCUUCCCAAACCUUCCCUUUCCUCCCCAAACCUUCCCCUGUCCACACUUCAUCCCUCCCUUUCCCCUUAGCUUAAGAAGAUUCAUCCCUCCCAUUCCCCUUAGAUUAAUAUCAGCUCCCCUCCCCUCCCUUCCCCUCCAUCCCCUUUCCUUCCCUCCCCAAACCUUCCCAAACCUUCCCUCCUCUCCCCUUCCCUUCCCAAACCUUCUCUUCCCUCCCCUCCCCUUCCCUUCUCCUGCCCACACCUCAUCCCUCCCUUUCCCAUUACCUUAAGAAGCUUCAUCCCUCCCCUUCACCUUACAUUAAUAAACAUUCACUUUCUCCCCCUGA